GGUUAUUGUUUUGAACGAAGUUAUCUAUUCAUAAAGAAUAUAAACCAUGAUGUGUUAUUUGAAUGUCGUCAUUAUCUUAAUGACAUGCAAUAUAAUGGUUGACUGCGCGCCAAGGGCUCCUGAAAUUAUAGAAUGGAACGUCCAAAAUCACUUUUGUGGCUCAGCCAUCCCAAUUGUUAUGGGGCUAAUUUGCAAACUCCCAGAGUCUAAUCCUGUACAGGCUGAAGUACAGGUUGAAGAUACUACCAUUAUUCAAGAGAGUCGAGUACGGCGUGGUAUCGUUGAUGACUGCUGUAGGAGUGCUUGUACUCCAAUUUACAUGCAAUCAUAUUGUCACGAAGAGCUAGAAAGGAUUAGCACAGAUCAACCGAUUAUCAACUACCAUAGAAAUUGAAGAACACCUAAAAUAACAAUGCCAAAAGAAACAACUUCAAC